AUGCAGCAUGAUGCGGCUUUUCGUGCCCUCGUAAACCGCCUCAACGUCACUCCAGUGGAAGAAUUGCCUCGCCUCGCCGGCUUUCUAGCAUCGUCGCUGGCAGGCUGCUCUCUCGAGCGUUACUUUACGGACGCAAGGACUAAUGCCUCCCCAGUGAUUGCUCACAAGCUAAAGACCCGCAUCAGUGCGCUAUUACAGGGCAGGUCUCAGGCUGGAAGAUUAUCUGCCGUCAUUCUAAUCAAGACCAUCAUCGAGAGUGCUGGAUCGAAUCUUCUUGCAAGUUCGGAACCUUGGGCACGCGGCCUCCUAAGCUGUCUAGGAAAAGCUGAACCACCAGAAAUCAAGAAGCUGUAUCUCACCACUAUCACCAGAAUAUUUGUUCUGACUCAACAUCAGCCUGCCUUGAUAAGGGAAAUUACAACCCCUCUGCUGCCCUCGUUCCUUACAACAUGCCUUAGUCUUAUUAGACCCAUUGUCGCCAGGUCUGGAGAUCAAUCAGUAUCAGUCCCGAGUCCACUGCUUGACACGGUUCUACAAUGCUGGCUCCAUCUACUCCCACAGCACGCAUCGAUAUUUCGCCCCUUUCUCAAUCGGAUUAAGCCUAUUUGCCUUAGCUUCAUCGAGGAUCAUCGCAGCCCUAAAUGCACCUUGGAAUUCAGUAUCCGGGUUCUAUGUUCGCUAAUAUCAUGUGCUCCGAAGAAUACUGCAGGCCAAGAAUGGUCACAGAUGUCAAGCAGUGUAAUUGGCCUCGCCCAUGGAACAGCGAGCGAUGUUUUUCGUGCCAUUCUUGAGGACCACGAGUCCAACAAUCCGUCCCUCAUCGCCAGUGCGAAGAAGCACAAUUUUGCCAAGCCUCAGGAAACUUCUGGAAAGGAUCAGCUGGGAUUGGCGGCCUGGAAAGGCGUAUCAGAAGGAAGCUCCAGGCUUGCGACACUCCUAUCCUGGCUUCGACACCUUCUUUCUUCUGGCACGACGCAGCAGGUUCAGGUCCCAUUUGGCGAAGUUCUAGAUCUUACAACUCGGAUUCUGUCUGUGAACGUUCCAGAAAGUCAAAGUGGGCCUGGACACAACUUGAGAUAUCACAUUGAGGCGAGCAAAGAGGAGAGAGACGAGCUUUUGUUGAACUUGCCUAGGCUGAAUAUUUCAUGUCUAGCCCUGUUGUGGUCUUUGUGUACAACACACGAUGGCAGCCUCCUUCCUCUUUAUCGCGUAAUGUGUGAUCAGGUAUUGUUCAAGUCUCAGACAAUGUCAUGGCAUCAAGAAAUAAGGGUAUUGUGUUAUGACAUUAUCCGUCAUCUUGGGAGCACCAGCAAUUUAUAUGAAUUGGAUAUCCACCGAAAAGCACUUUCCAGCCUGAUUGCUCAAGUCUUUGAUGAUCUUAAAGCUGCUCUAUCGAACGCUGAUUCCAAUAAGCCAGGUGAAAACUUCAAGGAGCUCACCCUGGUCACAAAGACAAUCCAAAGGACGGACAUUUAUUCUGUUCAGAGGCUCCUCGAUAAACCCUCGAGUACUUUCGGAUCUGCGUGGAAGCUUUUACCAGUACUGUUAGGAUCUGGGGCAGCGCCAUUGCUCUCACGACAGGCCAGAACCGAAGCUGACAGACUUGCCAUAUUGUUGAAUCAUCGAGAAGCCAUGCUAGCUAGUGUGCUAAAUCCGGUGUUUUCAGAAGAUGGAUAUAUAGCGACAGCCAGUGUUCUCCCCUUCCUUACGAGAUCCGCCGCCGGCACUACAGCCGUAGAAGCUUUAUUGAGACCUCGCUUCCCACCUGCACAAACACAGGUUACUCAACCUGAAGACUCUGAUCUUCACAUUACUAUCGAUGGCCCGCCUUUGCACAACGCCGAGGGUGGUGACAUAUUAUCGCAGCUUGAGAACUCACUCAAUGAGAUGGAUAAGGACUCGGAAUAUGCUGGCGAUGCCGCCGAUAGCACAAAUAACAUGAGCUACGAUGUCAGGGAACCCAUUGAGCCUCGACUAUUACCCAAAAAGCGGCCAUUCGAUGAUCAGAAAGAGAACGAGUCUCUUGUAGCCGUCAAACACCAGAUCGAAAGUGAGAUGAGAUUACCAAAAAGACCACGCCCCGACGAAGUUGUUGACGCCCUACCAGCUUCAGUGGAAUAUGAGGUGGAAACCACAUCUACUGUGCCUGGUUUCCCAGAUACAAAAAACGUGCAAGACAAUGCCUCACCUCAUGAACAGUCUUUAGGUUCAAUGGUUUCCAGGCCAACUGGAAACGAGGCUCCAAGCAUCCUGGACAAGGGCGACAGUUAUGAUAGUGAUAGCAGUGAUUUUGAGAUCCCCAAGAUCGAUACUGGCUUCGACACCGACGAGGAGGAUGACGAAGAAGAAGAAGGUCAGAACGAGGAGAUAACGAGGUAG